GGUCGGUGCGGGUCUCCCGGUGCCGGCCCGGAGCCGCGGUCGGCGUCGCCUCGGGCUGACCCGGGGCCGGGGAGGGAAAGAAAACAGCGCUGCGGGCUGCGCCCCGCGGACGGCUCCGGGAGGGUUUGUGUUGGCCGCGGGGCCGAGCGUCGGGGCGGCGGCCAAGAGCAACGCCGGAGAGCGGAGCUUGGAUGGGGCCCAGCGCCGCGGCGCGACCCCGACCGCGCACCCAGCCCCAGCCCCCUCCGCUGGGCGCCACGGACGGCGCCGGUCCCGCCCGCGGCCCCCACCUGCCCCGGGCAGCUCCGUGUGUGCGGCGGAGCCCUCGGAGCUGCGGUUAUUGCGGCCGGAGGUGGCCUCAUGUGACGGCACAGACCGGGCGCAGGGAUGACCGCGCCUCACAUGGGUGCCCGUCAUCGCCCCCCUCAUCGCCGUGUGCCGGACGGCCUCCAAAUCCCGCUCUUCCCAGGAGUUUUCCUGACGCUGUGCCCAUCGGCACGGGCAGGCACGGCACAGAUAAGCACUGCUGUGCCUGCCACACCGCGCUUCCGUCCCAUUCCAAAAGCAUUGGCUGCAGUCUGGCUCCGGAGCCCAACCCCUGCACCAGCUGCUCCCUGCAGGCACCGCAGCUGCUGCUUCUCUGCACGGGUUGCAGCCUCCUGAACACCUGCUGGGCUGCGCAGAGCCGAGCCGGGCUGCCCGGGGCUCCACUGUGGGAACACCAACGGGAACAUCACGGGAACGUCCACGGGCGCCACCACCCCCAUGGGCACCCGCUGCCGCCAGCCCCCAACCAGAGCCAUCAAUUCGGCAGUGCCACCGCAGCCGUGCAGGGAACACGGCCUCCUCGAGUGACCCCGCUGGAAACGGUGACGACGCCGGUGCCAGAGUGGCGACUGAGUCACCGUGAGCACAGCGGGGCAGAAGAGGAACCUCUCGCUCCGUGCCAGGAGAGGAACCGCGUGCAGGCUGAGUCAGGGGGCUUCCCGGAGCCCCCAGCCCAGGUGAGGAGCGCGCAGGGGGUGCGGCGCCCCCCCGUGUGCCGCCUUUCCCAGGCUCUCGGCGCGGCACAAUGGGCUCUUGUUUGCGGGACCAAUCCAGAUAAGCAGGGCAGGUCCGCGAUAGGGAGAUAGCGCUGCCAACACCGCCGCGCUCCAUUAAUUACCUCCUGGCUCCGAUUAGCGCCUGUGCGUGAGCCGGCUCUGCUGCCCCCGCCCCGCGCUGCCAUGCAUUCCUGGGGCCAGCCUCGACCUGCCCGCCUGAUCCCGCCUAAGACGAUUACAGGGCACCGUCCCGGCAGCCGCACCGCGCCCCGACGGGGCUGCGGCACCGCUGCGCCCGCACGGCCACGGCACCGCACCGGGGAGCGGAGCGGCACGCAGCGAGGGGACCCGCGGCCGGCAGCGCCACGUGGGCGCAGCACCUGCAACCGUCCUGCUGGAGACCCGCAGCGAGGCCCUGUGGGCAGCACGCUCACAAGAAGCAUCUUCAGGUGUGCCAUCCGUGUGCGUGCACCACUGCCGUGUGCGUGCACCACUGCCGUGUGCGCCAUCCUGUGUGCCAUCCUAUGUGCAACCUGUGUGCCAUCCCGUGCGCACCACUGCCGUGUGAGCGCCGUCCCCAUGAGCACCACACACGCCCCAGGCUCACGCUGUUGUUUUGCACACAUUGGUGCCCAGGAGACAGGGAGAAACUGAGAGCCCCACAGCUGCCCCGCUGCUCGCCAGGCGCCGACACGGAGCUCUUCACAUCCAUCCACCCCCUUGGGGGCCGCCGGCGCCCAUCCCCACAUCCGGUGCCGCCGGUGCGGCGCGGAGCGGCUCGGAGUGCCCCGGCGUGCCGGCAGAGCGAGGAGCCGGGCACACCGCCACGUCCCGGCCCGGCUCACCCGCGGCUCCGCGCGGUCCCGGUGCCACCGCCGCCCCUUCCCGUGGCGGUGACCGCGGGAUGGAUCGGCGCCGCCGCCCCCGGGCUCAGCCCCGCGGGGUUUUGUGCUGCGCGCUGCAACUUCAGAAACCGCCACCAAAAAUAUCGCCCGCCCCGCGGUGACCUCAAAGCCGUCGGGGCCAGGAAAUGAAUCACGGCGCCGCGCCGCGCCCCCGCGGGACCGAACCCGAAUCCCCCUACGGGGACGCGGAACGGAGCC